UUGCCAGUCGACACCUGACAUGACUUCUGUGCCACCAGCGCUCUCUGCAAAUGCAACAUUUAUUCGCCCUUCCAAUUUUUAUAUCAAUGGAUUUUACAAUAUUCCACACACAAAUUACUACUUUGCAUUUCUCUGCAUUGUGUAUGCUGUGACAGUUUUAGGGAAUUCUUUUAUCAUGUGCACCAUCUAUCUAGCACGUACCCUCCACACAGCAAAGUACAUAGCUGUGUUUAACUUGGCUCUUUCUGAUUUGGGAGGCAGCUCUGCUCUUAUUCCACAGCUUAUUGAUACUUUUCUGUUUAAGAAUCAGCUCAUCUCAUAUGAAGCCUGUCUGGCAAACAUGUUUUUUGUCUUAUUCUUCAUGACCUUGCAGUCUCUCACUCUGCUUGUUAUGGCCUAUGACAGGGUAGUGGCUAUAUGUUUUCCUUUAAGGUAUAAUGCCAUUGUUACCAAAGCAGCAAUGACUUUAAUCAUUGUUAUUACCUGGAUUUUCUCUGUAACUAUCAUUGCACUCCUUGUAGCUCUGAUUACCAGACUGUCCUUCUGUAGAUCUGUAAUCAUCGACAGCUAUUUCUGUGAUCAUGGUCCUACCUAUAUAUUAGCUUGUAAUGAUAAAUUUAUAAAUUAUUUCAUGGCUAUACUCUGUUUUGUUGUGUUGGCUUGUGUCCCAACGAUAUUAAUAACUAUCUCAUAUAUUUGUAUUGGCAUUGCCUUGAUGAAAAUCUCACAUGGUCUUGAGCGGAAGAAAGCUAUGAAAACUUGUACUUCCCACCUUAUUUUAGUGUCUUUAUUUUAUCUCCCAUUUUUUGCCACUAAUAUGGCAUCUCUUACAUCAUCUUUAAAAGCCAAUGAUAGGAUAAUUAAUUCUACUCUGACACAGACUCUUCCACCCAUGUUAAACCCCAUUAUAUAUACUUUAAAGACAGAAGAGGUCAUGCAGGCUGUUAAAGUACUCUACAAACGGACCAAAGCGGUAGUGAAACGUAGCAUGCCUAGUGGACAGGCAAUUCACCCAUGA